GUUAUUGUCAUCACGUGUCAAGUAACUGUAACACUAUUACAGCUAUAUUAAAGAAACAUACAGUUUUGUAGCUAUUAUCGGCUCUCAGUGUUCUUAAGAUGGACCCUUCAAUUGUCCAGUUUAUGGCCUCUCAAGGCCUGGCAAUUCCCCCCCAGUCAGGAAUGGUUCAAUUCCAGGGAAGCAUGCCCCCCGGACCUGGCAUCAUGAACUCCGUCACUAGCCUCACUCCCUCUGGUGCAAAGAGACGAAAGCUAGGGAAUGGUCAAAUGAUGGAUGAGGUUGACCUUGACGAUGAAGGCAAGGCUGGGUCUAGUAAACUAACACUAGAGGCCAAGAGGUCCCAGCAUUGUGAGGUAGAGAAGAAGCGAAGGGAGCGCAUGAAUCGCUACAUGUCUGAGCUUGCUCAGAUGAUCCCUGCUUGCAAUGCAGUCCCGAGGAAACUUGACAAGCUCUCCAUUCUCAAGAUGGCCGUGGAUCAUAUGAAGAACCUGCAAGGAGACUGUCAGACGCCAUCUGAGUACAAACCAGGGUUCCUGACUGAUGAUGAGCUUAAGAAACUCAUUGUGGAGGCUGCUAAUGGGUUCAUGAUGAUUGUGGAGUGCUCUCAGGCCAAGAUCUUGUAUGUGUCUGACACUAUCGAUGAUGUCCUCCAGGAGAAACCAGACAAUUGGGUGGGGUCCUGCCUCUAUGACAUGUUGCAUCACAAGGACAUAGUUAAAGUACGAGAUCAGUUGGCAUGUUUUGAUGUUGACAGUGUCCUUAAAGAAAGCUCUACAGCCAGUAACUCUCCACUUGUCAUGCAUGGGCAGUCAAUCAAUGGCCUCAGGAGGUCCUUCCUGUGUAGGGUCAAGAAGACCAAGGAGGGACAUCCCAGUACAUCGAGGGACAGCUCCAGGAGUGACUACAAUAACUCGGAGACCUUUAUCAAGUUGCUCCAUCCUCACGAGAACUCUCAGUAUGCCGUGCUCCACUGCACCGGCUUCAUCAGAAACCUUACAAGUUCAGAGCGCAGAUCUCUUCGAGUGGAAGACUCGUCUGCAGGGACGUGUCUGGUUGCCGUGGCGAGGCUACAACACUUCGGAGAUGAUGGUCCAAAGGUCAGCAUGGAGACAAGUGAGAAUGAGUUUGUCACUCGAGUAGCAGUGGACGGCCGAUUCAGUUAUGUAGACCCAAGGGUGGCGAGUGUGCUUGGUUACCUACCACAAGACCUCAUUGGACAAGUCUCCUACGAGUACUACCAUCCUGAUGACAUUGAGAAGAUGGUCCACCUUCAUCAUGAUGCUAUGAAGAGGCGGACUCCCAUGCCCACCGUGAGGUAUCGGUUCCUGUGCAAGGAUCACAAGUGGCUGUCUCUGGCAAUGAAGGCGUUUGCUUUUGUGAACCCGUUCUCUCAACAAGUGGAGUAUGUUGUGUGCACCAACGUCAUCAUGAGGGCAGAGUCCAAAGAGACUGAGACCAGUUCUGAAAUGAGGGGUGCUAUGAUGGCACUCAGGCCUCCGGGGGGUGAGCUGGGUGGAGCCAAUGGGGACAGCCAAGUACCCAUGGAUCAGGGCAUGCUGAGUGACCCACUGUCAAUGCUCCUCAUGUCCUCCUCCACACCACCUGCUGGACCCUCAUCAGGUGACCUAGCUCUCUCCUUCAACACCUCAAGCCCUAGUGACAUGGCCCAACCUACCACCAUUGUAUCAGCUGAGAUGCCAGGAGCGGCCAUAUCCACUCCAGCUGCCGUCACUAUACAGGAGAACGCAGCUACUGCUCAGCACAUUCUCGACGAAUACAAUCGAAUGCACACAACGCCAAUGGUGAGAAAAGACCUCAACAUAAGCUUUCCUCCUGGGCUGUUCACGAAUGAAGUGAAUCUGAUGGGGUCAGAGUUCCCGUAUCGCCACCUGCUGCAAGAGUUGGAGAACCCAGCCGAGUUCACUGAACUGUUCAAACAAGUACCAGCCAACCCUCUCAAGUUACCAAACGCCUUUCAAGACCUCGACUUAUUUGAUUAGCUAAUUAAUUAACAGACUGCAUUCACUGUGUGUCACACUUGUGUAUAUAUACCAACUCAUUAUUUUAUGUAUGAUGGCUUUUUGCGUA